AUGGAGUGCUUGCUUAAUAAACAAAAGUUAAAACUCUUAGGUACAUUUGACACUGCUGAGGAUGCAGCUCGUGCAUAUGACACUGCUGCUCGAGCUUUGCGUGGUGCUAAUGCUAGGACCAACUUUGAAUUGCGAGAGUCUGCAACCUCUGGUGCUACAAAUAAGCGUGGUGGUGGUUCCAAUUUCAUUCCUGAUAACAUUGAACCCUUUUCUUUUGAGGAUGUGAAUGAGCCAGGGACAGAUUCUGAUGGCCUUCUUGGUGCACUCAAGGCUAAACUGAAGGAAGGAAGGUUUCCAAUUCAAUCUCGUUCUAAUUGUGUGGUUCAAUCUGAGUUAUCAUCAUCAGCUACUGCUUUCUCUCCCAUGAAUGUUACUGCCAACAACAGCAUUGUCCCUGGUUUAAUGGUUACUACUUCAUCAAACACUUCUGCUAAGAGUGUUCUUAUCCCGAAUAUUCAUGAUCAUGAAGGUGCUUUAAUAAUUACAAGCAGUGUUGGAGUCAACUCUAAUCAACUUUGUCAAACCCCUCCUAUGACAUGGUCUACUGAUAUGAUAUAUGCAGAUGAGGGUCCAUCAAAUAGCAACAGGAAUGGCCAAAUGAAUAUGGGGAACAUGCAAUUACCUCUAGUUGGUGGAGAAACGGAAGGCUUUUGGACAUUGGAACAGCAACAAUUUGUGCAAUGUGAGAACAACAGUUGGUUUAGUUCUAGUGUUUCUUGGGAUCCUGUUGUAUUAUUGAGACUUACCCGGGUAAAAAUGCCAUGUAAAGAUGGUAGUAAGGCAAGAUUUUAUGUUUUUCCUUAG